UCAUCAUUCAUGCAGCCCCGCCAAACCACUCGCUCCUCAGGUCUGUCGUUGUGCAACCUCGCUGCCGCUGCCGCGUGCCAGGAAACAUGCCCUCGCCCGCUGCGCGAUAAUGCCCUCGCGAAAGCCUGCCCUGCUGCUCAGCUCCUAUAGCAGCCUCAACUACCACUUCUCCUCCCCCGCCACUGGCUGCGCUGCGUCAUGCCGCCCGCCGCUGGCACACGACCAGCGUGCGCAUCCGCAUCCGCGUCCGCGCCCGCGCACCUACGCCCAGCACGCGCAUGGCGACGAGGCCGAUCUGAGCUGGCCUGACGCCGUGCCUCCCCACCGUUCUCCUACGCCUUACCAGAUCCUCCACUGCAAACGCGGCCAGGCCUACACGAAACACCGCUUCUACUCUCUCGUCAAGCUGUACCACCCCGACCGCUCCGAUGCCGCCUCUCCAGCUGCCCAUCUGCCGCACGCUGUGCGCUUGGAACGCUACCGCCUGCUCGUUGCUGCCCACACCAUCCUCUCCGACGAUGCGAAGCGCAAGGCAUACGACGCAUGGGGCCUGGGCUGGUCGGGGCACCACCAGAACCCUUCCCAUGCCCACCCAUGGGGUCACGAACAGAGGCAGUGGGCUCAUGAUCCAAGCCAAAAUGCGACCUGGGAAGACUGGGAACGCUGGCACCACCGCGAGAGCGGCGCAGAGGCUCCGCGCGACCUGAACAUAUCAAACUUUGCUUUCGUGUCCCUCGUCUUCGCCAUAGUCACGUUGGGCGGUGUCUUGCAAGGCACCCGGGCUAACGCCUUUGGCUCUUCCGUCAUGGAACAGCGCGACAAGAUCCACAGAGAGGCCUCGAUAGAGUUGGCACGCUCAAAGCGCGCCACCAUGUCCGGCGACCGGAACGAGCGGAUCAGAACGUUCUUAGAACAUAGGGAUGCCACGCUCGCCGGCGAAGACUCCUACCAGCGAUUACUCCCUCCAUCAGAGACCUGCCUGCCUGACACCGUCCGAAAACACUAACAGCACCAGUAGUCCAUUUGCAUAUCAGCAUGCCACGCCGCUCUAUAACACGAUCUUCUUAUUGCAUUGGGAACUUUGAGAUACCGAGGCGUUCGCAGGCGCGCAUUGUUGGCAGUCGUUCUGUAUGUUAUGGUCCAAGGGUUUGUACAUAUGGCCGCUUUGACGGCAAUAUCCUGGCUUUCAAUGCGCUCGGACUCCACAUUACUUCAACGACAUUGUGUGAAUCCACGAUUGCAAAUCUGUCUCCAGCAAAGCCAAGUAUCGCAUUUUGAUUUCAGGUGUUCCUUCAGGAAUAUAGCAGCAUCUUACAUAACUCGUCUAUGCGGAGGUUGCACUCGAGUUUCAACUUGCAGCAGGCAACUUGCAAGACGUACUGCUCAUGCAGCUGUGCUUUGCACAUCACGGCCACCCG